AUCAUUUAAAUUAAGGGCCCUAUUAAAAUUAUGUUCAGUUAAAAAAAAAUCACAUUAUCAAUGUUAUUACAUUUAUGGGGCUACACAUAAGCACUCAACUAAUCCAAGUAAUGUGCUGCUUGCCAACUAAAACUAGUUCAUGCCCAGGGGUGUGUUAAGAGUUUUGGUGCCCUCUGGACCGCGGGUCUAAUCACCCUACUGUUCAUAACUAAAUAAAAUAUAUACUGUAUGCUAUAUAAUUUACCCUUCAAAUCUAGUGAAUAUUUAUAGGGGCGUUUCUAUGAUUGCCCUAAAUAAAAUUGACGGCUGAUGAACUGCGUGCGUGUACACAAGUUACGCACGUUUGUAAAUCUCUGUUCAUGUUUACGUUUGUCGCGGAGCAAACAGCUGAAAACAUUCUAGCAGUACGCUGUCACAUACGUAACUUGCGUACGUGCAUUACAGCGCACACGAGCGGUCUCGGAUUCACCUGAUCAGCCUGCAGACCAUACCUCUCGCUCGGGGUGUGCUGUGCUACCCUGCCGCCCUCCUGGACAUCACAACAGUCGCUGACAGUCCGCGUGUGGGCCUUAAUCGACACUCGUGUCAGAUCUGCUGUGGGUGUGUGCAUGCAGCAUAAUGGAGCAGGCGAAACCCCGAACGGAGAGCCGCCUCCGCUUUCCUUCAGCGCAGCAGCUCCGCUCCAAAUGGCAGCAUCACGGGUGAGGAGGCUCGCGCAGGAGGGGCGGACGGUCCCUCCUCAGCCCAGAGUGAUGGUGGUGUUCUCGGCUGCGAGUGACACUGAGAAUCAGGGAGAUGCGAUGUCGGGCGCGGACACCGGGGAAGAGGUGUAUCGCAAACCAGCCAUACCUAUUUCUAAUUUUAAUCUAGGGAAGCCCCUUCGCGCUUUAGACGCACCUGAGGAGUUCCCCGAGGUCAUCCCCCUGAAUGUAGGAGGAUCAUAUUUCACCACUCGGCUAUCCACCCUGCGACGUUAUGAGGACACAAUGCUGGCUGCCAUGUUUAGUGGCCGCCACCACAUUCCCAGGGAUGCAGAGGGACGAUAUUUCAUAGACCGAGACGGAGCAUAUUUUGGGGAUAUUCUGAAUUUCUUGCGAGAGGGUGAGCUGCCUCAGAGGGACCGUGUUCGUGCGGUGCACAGGGAAGCUCAGUAUUAUGCUAUUGGGCCUCUUUUGGAAAGCCUUGAAGACACGCAACCACUUACCGGAGAGAAAGUGCGACAGGCUUUUCUUGAUCUUUUGCCCUAUUAUAAAGAAAAUCUUGAGCGCAUCGUGGAGAUUGCAAAACUUCGUGCAAUGCAGCGGAAGGCUCGUUUUGCAAAAUUGAAGAUCUGUGUUUACAAGGAGGAGAUGCCCAUCACCCCUUAUGAAAGACCACUGUUUAAUUCGCUGCGAUUUGAGCGCUCGGAGAGUGAGGCCAAGUUGUUUGAGCACCAUUGUGAGGUUGACGUGUCCUUCGGGCCCUGGGAGGCAGUGGCGGAUGUUUAUGACCUUCUUCACUGCAUAGUUAGCGACCUGGCAGAGCGUGGCAUCUCUGCUGACCAGCAAUGCAUCGGCGUGUGUGACAAACACCUCAUUAACCACUACUACUGCAAAAGGCCAAUCUAUGAGUUUAAAAUCACCUGGUGGUGAAGGUGAGGUGUUUUAGGUGAGGUCUCUAUUGCCAAGAACUGAGAUGUGCAAGUUUGAGCAAAUGAUGUUUGCUGCUGUCUACAGUUAUAUGAAACCAGCAGGAUCAUGGAGUCCUACUCAAAAUGAGUGGAAAUAAUGACAAGCUUUUGAAAAAGAUGGCUAUAAUUGUGGCAUUUGCUCUUUUGUUUCUUCAUGAAACUGCAGUUUGCAACUCAAAUUUUCUUUUAUGGGCAGCUCUGUUAAUUCCUUAGUUUUUGUAAGUAAUUGUUUAACUUAGUUAAUUUAGAAAAACCUGGAAUCAUUUUGCCCAGUUGUAGUUCUAAAGGGAAUUUUCUGGGAUCAUCCUCAGAGGAAGUGAACUUAUGUGAAACAGUGUUUCCUGUUCUAAAUAUAACAUCUCUUAAGUAUGUUUCCGUGUUAGAUGUAAUGAAUGUAUUAACAGUUUGAUCGAAGAAUCAGUCAACUGGACCCAUAUUCGGAAAUUGAAAGUCUGUCAUUGCUUGUGAUGUAUUUCUUAAAAAACCUUUUUCCCCUACAGUAUUUUAAAAUGACUUUACCCCAUUUGUUUUACAUGACUUAUAUAUUUAGGACCUGAUCCAUGUCCUGUUUCCAGUAAUGAACACCAUAGAUCAUGCAAUCUCUACAUAUACUGACUUUAACAAGAAUACAAAUGUCUGGUGUCUACAGCCACCCAAAGCUUCACAUAAAGCCUUCUAAAAUAAACAUACAUCACAUAAAAGUAUAAAAGUUUUGAUUUAUGUCAAAAAAAAUAAACUGUUCUCAAAGGAGAGCCCAAAAUAAGUUUAUGUACUAAAAUAAAUGACCUUAAUAUGAAUUAAAAGGAGUAUAUUUGAAAUUAUACUAAUGACUGUUAGCCACCUUAUUGCAGGUUAGGUUGCCUAUUUUGCUACUUUGACACUUUGUGAAGUUAUUUUCUGCUGCCAAUAGCAUUUGUCUAUGCUUUUAAUUGCUGUAACCCUCAACAAGUUUAGCUGAUUUAGCUUUAUUUGUUAUUUUAGUCAUCUGAAACCUCUGUCUCUCAUUGGUUUGCUGUAAGAGCUGUGAAGGCCAUGCGAAGUUGCAAGAGCUCUCUGUGUUUUGGCAGCAGAAUAUCUAAUACCAGUUAAAAUGCACAGAAUAAUCCUAACUGGGAUUCAGUUUCAGUCUUGCCCAGUUUACGUUAUGUUGCUCAAGUUUAAACUGAUGCAUAUUUGUUCUCUGUUGUACAUUUGUUAAAUACUGUUGUUUGUAUUGCAUUCCUGUACUGGCUCUUAUUGUGCUGAUAAUAAACAAUAUAUUUUGC